AACCAGCAGCGCGUGCUAAAAAGACAGCACGAGCCCCUCUGUCCUGGUGCGCGCGCGCGGACGGAACGCUUCUGUCACAUCUGAGGUAAAUCUCCGGUCAGCUGGGAUCUGCAGAUUAGGGCUGUAGACUCAGAUUCCUCAAAGGCACGGAUAAAAACUGCGACCAAAGUACAUGAUGCAGUCAGAUGUGGAUUAAAAGUCCAAGAUUUGACCAUGCAGAUCUUUGUCAGUAAACUGGCUUUCAUGUUUCUGCUCUCCUGACACUGAAUAAAAAAGGCUUCAGCUGCUGAUGCGUAUAAUGGAGACGUUUCCUAGACCAGAGUGCCAUAUCUGCUUUAACCCCUUCAGCCCUCGUCGCAGACCCAAACUUCUUGAGUGCAUGCACACAUGCUGCUCAGUAUGUUUGGAUCAGAUGGUGUUGAAUCACAGGGAAGUCCGCUGCCCCUGGUGCCGCCAUAUCACACAUCUGAGUGGCAUCUCAGUGUUCCAGCUCCCAGAUGAUUCGGAAACGCUCUCAGCCGUCACCUUGGCUCACACGCCCGUUUUUAUCCGGCUGCCCAAUAGCAGCUGCUACCUGCUGCCUCUGUCAGCGGACGAACACACCUACCGAUAUGGCUUCAAAAACGCAGAUGGGACGACUCAGUCCGAGCGCCUUACAACUGGAGAGGAGGAGGAGGUCGAGGGAAGAGACGCCGCGAUGAAGACUUCAGCCUGGACGGGGUUCUGCACCGUCCUCAUGGUCGCCAUCAUCCUCAUCUUCCUCCUGGCAAUUGUCCUGCACAACAUGUCUUGUGUGUCCAAACGUUUCAACAUCAUUUCCUGUGGAUGAAAGAUUUCUCUUGGGGCUGUGUUUGGGGCCUACAGGAUCAGGAGCUCUCAGUAGAACACUGAAAUGAUUUUUCAGGUAGAGGAUUUCAUACACUACAUCGUUCUGUCAUAUGAACAUCAUGACAAAUUGCUUAUAUUCAUCAGUCUGCUGUAAAUGUGUCUCAAAAUUACAGAUCUUAUACACAGUGUCAGAAACAUAAACCAAAUCCACAUGCUGAUCAUGAACUCCAUUUCAAACCCCUCACCAUUAUCCAUACACUCUAGAUACGUCAGAUCACAUGCCUUAUUCACUAUAUAGGGUCGUUGUGUACGAUAUCAAGAACAUCAAAUGCAUUUUAAACACCUCACCUACAGUAUAUAUAAAUUUGUUUAGCUCUACACUUUGACGUUAAAUCUGUAGAGCUAAAAUCCAGACUGGAUGCGACGUUGAUGUGAUCGGUUUUAUUGUGUGUAAAUGUACUGUGAACAUCUUUAAAUGUACCAUGACUUUAAAAGGUUUUUAUGACUAAAACAACCAGGCUGAGAUCAUACCAUGGGACUGGGACUAGUUAUGUUCUGCUCCUUCUUCACAUACUCAAGCUUUUUUUUUAAACAAAUAUUUAUAUUACAAAACUUUAUGAAAUCAAAUCAGGUCUAAUAAAUAGCACACUACAGUGAACACUGACAGUAACUGGAACUAAUAAGUACCAGUAACAGUGAAACUUAAGUAUUAACACAAAUGAAAAAAAGGGGCUUUUCAUGGAAAAAGGAAGAACUCUUUUAUCCCGCAUAAACACAAAUUCCUGUCCCCUGAUGCAUUUCCUUUUUCAGCUUUACCACAUUUUUACCUAAAGUCCAAACAUAUGAUUAUUUAUGUGUUAUUUAAAACGUUGCUGUGAAAUGUGUGAUAAACCUCCCUGGUGUUUUGGCGAGUAUUUCCUCUGAACAAAAUGAUGCUGCUGAGUUCUGCACUCUGAUUGGUCAGAAGUCUCUGACAGUAGUGCAGCCACACAUCACAGUGUUUCAUGUUCUUUUUGUUUCUAUAGUAACAGCUGGUUUACAGGAACUUGUACAGAUCUACUUAAUGUGCAGUUGUUGACAUUUAUGGAAGGAGUCUCCAGUGUCAAUGAUAAAUAACUUCCAAAAGUGUGCGGUUUCUCUGUAUCAGGACACUUUUUCACUUGUUUCCAUCACUGAAGAUUUUCCUGUAACCUGCAUGUCUGAGAUCUUAAAUUCCUAACAAUCAUUUAGUCAAACUCCAAACUAACUUUUGGUGUCUUUGUUGAAAAGGGUUUGAUUUUGAACAAUAAAAUUGUACCGACCUCA